AUAUUGAAAGCGUCGGUGUCAACAGAUUAUUCAAAAUGGCUGACGUAGAACCUGAAACGAAAGCUCUCAAUGAGAUGGACGAAGAAAUAUCGAUGUCUCGUGGCAUGAGAGCCGAAGUAAAAGUCAAUUUUGACAAAUGUCGAGAUAUGUUUGUCUAUGAUCAGAUGGGAAACAAAAUCCGCUUUGGGGAUGUAUACAAGAAACAAAAAACAAUUGUUGUGUUUACAAGACAUCUCCUUGACUUUGUCUGCCAGGAGUAUGCAGAUGAUCUUGGGACUGUGCCCCUAGAAUAUUUACAGGAAGCUGGUGUUCGACUUGUCAUCAUCGCUCCAUCACCUUAUGUACUGAUUAGGGGGUUUAAGAAGGUGACCAGCUUCAAUUACACAGUGUAUUGUGACCCGGACUAUGAGUUGUUCAAGGCAAUGGGUUGUGUGGAGACUCUCGCGUUUGGCAAGAUUGAUGAGAGUAAGCACAUAAAGUCAGGCAUCAUCAUGGGCGUGCUGCGCAGCACGUGGAGGGCAAUGCAGCAGGAAUCACGGUUGAGGAAUGGUGACGUCAAACAACAGGGGGCCUCAUUCAUUAUGGGACCAGGAGAUGUGCUUCACCACGCCCAUAUUGAUCAGAACGCCACAGAUCAUGCCAAAAUCAAUGACUUACUGACCAUUGCUGGGGUGCAGAAUGUCAGCUUCCCCAAAGACCCUCGUGUCCUUGACCUCUGACCACCCAGCAACAGAGCAGAGCUGAUGCCGUCCAACAUAUUUAUUCCAACGAUAACUUGCUCAAGAUUUCAAGGUCCCAACUGGAUUCAACAUCACUUGUUAUGUAACUGGACUUGCCACUGGGCCUGAGUUUGUAAAUUAUUUUAGGCCUCUGUCAUCAUUUGUCUUAUCAUGACCACAUACAGUAAACUAAGUUUAUAACGAACACGCUUAUAACGAACUGACCAAUUUGUUGUAUGUAUGCUGUAUGUAUGCUUCUAACGAAUUACGGUUAUUACAAAGUAAAAUAAGUGGUCCCUUUGAGUUCGUUGUAACCGUAGUGUUCUGUAUAGCUAUGUCUAAUUUCUUUGUAAUGAAAGAUUUUCUUUUUUCUUUAAAAAGGCCCGACACAAUCAUCCACUGUAAUAUAUCUCUUUUGUACUGUGAUACAUGUAUUCCUAUGGACCCAUUCACCUCCACAGAAAAAGUUUCUUUUGGACAAGAUUUCUUCAUACGUCAACAUUAAUGAUCACUGCCUCAUGGGAGUGAGCCCUUGAUGUAUUUAAUCAAAUUAAGAGCCUGUUGUAACAGAAUUUGUAGCUUGGUUACUGAUAUUGGGAGAGGAAUACAACCACAUUUGAUUGGAUUGGAUGUCUAUUUAUAGCAUUUUCUUAUUCAAACUCAAAGUAAGGCUAAGAUAGAAAAUGGGUCCAGGGUGUUUGUUGUAAUAGAAUGGAGAUAAUAUACCCUCGAUAAUUGAGGAUGGUAAUACAUGUACUUCAGUGUGGUAUAAGUUCUCCAACUUUACACUAAUUUCAAAAUUUCAUGGAAGGCAGUGAAAUAAGCAUGAGGCUGAAAUUGAAGGUUUCAGUAAACUGAUUCAGAUUCAGUUUGAAUGUUUGUCCGCAAGAAAAAUAAGAAGUUGAUGAUGAGGGAAGGGAAGCCAUUGAGUGAGUCAUCAGUUGGUGCAUACUUGUACGUCCUCAACAUGACAUGGAACAUGAAUUGUGCAUAAUAGAAAACACUGUCAUCCCCAUAUCGUCAGUGUUGACCGUGGUGUUUGUACAUAGGUGUGUGAGCUAUAUUGAUGUAAGUUCAGUCCCGAAUAAACUUUUCUCCUUCUAAUGAUGCACAAGACAAUAAGAUCGGAUAAAUAUUUGAUCAUGAUAAUGAGGCAUUUUAGUUUUAAUAAAUUGGUUAACACAAACCUGAUAAUUAAGACAGAGAAUAAAAUUAAAAUUUGGAGAACAGUUUGUGAGUUAAUCCUGUUGAUGAAAGAAAUCGGGUAAGUGUAUGAAAAAAAGAUAUAAAAAAACCCCCCAAAACAACAUCUUCUUCUUCUUCAACAUUUUUCUUUUUCGAACUUUACCAGACUUUUACCGGACUGACAAUUCUUUCAGGAAUCAUUUUCAAUUUCUUUAUUGGAAAUUAAAUUCUAAUUCUAUUUAAAUAACCAAUGUUAUGAUUAUGGAACAAAACUCUUAAAACAAACCAAUAUUAAUCAUAAUUUAUUGGUCACUAUGCUGGAGCCAAAUCAAAGGAAUGGGUGAAAGAUUUUGAAUAAACAUUAAAAGAUAUUAAUUUCAAAUUCUCUCUACAGUCCAUUUAUUACAAUCGAUCAUUAAACAGUACAAGGAUGCAAAUCAAGCAUGGAUUAUGAUGAUCAUUUGAACAAAGCAAUUUACAGGUAGUUAAUCAUUAAAUAUCAUCUUAGCUAUCUCAGAUCUAGGUGCAUGCUUUGAAAAUGUCAAUAAUGUCUAUGCAGGAAGUGGGUUAAUUAGGUUUGAAAAUAGCCCCAGCUUGAAAGUACUGAUUAGCAGAAAAGCCUGUUUGUGAGUCCAAAUUAGCCUGUCUCCCAGACACUAGAGAUUAUAUUUAUUAAGAAAUGAUCCUAGCUCAAGUCUAGAAUAUGGCAAUAAAGCUAUGUUCUGGGCCCCAUUUGGAUUUUAUUUUGUUUUGUAGAUAUGUAUUUAUAAAUAAGUAAAUUUUAUUUCUGGGACUAACUGAAGGUCUAUCUGAGAUCUAGGUGCAUGCUUUGAAAAUGUCAAUAAUAUCUACGCAGGAAGUGGGUUAAUUAGGUUUGAAAAUAGCCCCAGCUUGAAAGUACUGAUUAGCAGAAAAGCCUGUUUUUGAGUCCAAAUUAGCCUGUCUCCCAGACCCUAGAGAUUAUAUUUAUUAAGAAAUGAUCCUAACUCAAGUCUCGAAUAUGGCAAUAAAGCUAUGUUCUGGGCCCCAUAUGGAUUUUAUUUUGUUUUGUAGAUAUCUAUUUAUAAAUAAGAAAAUUUUAUUUCUGGGACUAACUGAAGGUCUUGGUCCAUGUGUGAAUAGGACUUGAACAGGGGACAUAACUCCUGGAGCAGUAAUGCACAUCAAGCCAUACAAUUACUGAUUUGAAAUUAUUGAGAUUUUGUAAUAAAAUAUAUUUCAGUUA